AUGAUUACGGACAACUUGUUAGGUAGUUGUAGUUCGGCCCCCUCGAAAAGAUAUCGUAGAAGAUGUAUAUACCUAGGUAGUGCGGCGACGGUGGUUGCGCUAUGGGGAGGCCGACAUUUGUCCAGAACGUGGGUAACUUCAAGAGCGGAUGAACUGAUAGCAAAACAGGUGGGAAAGGUUAGAAGUGCAACAAAGACGACGAUUGAGAUACCGAUUAGGAAGCAUCGAAGUGACAAAGCGUUGUUGAACCAAGUGGGAACCUAUCAGCAGCAGGAUGAAUGGUUCCACCACUCCAUGGGUUGCCUUAGCAUGCAGUGCCGGUUGUACAAUGCAGGCGGGUUCCUCCUUGACCGACCUUUCAUGGGUGAUUGGGUUGAAAACGGCGAUGUGGACGAGUACGAGAGCGAGGACGGCUACGAGGACGAAGGAGGUAGUUUCAACAAGCCGAUCUACGACUUCGAGAACACACAGUACUAUGGGGUGGUCGGCAUCGGCUCACCUGUGCCGCAAAAUCUCAAAGUCAUAUUCGACACAGGGUCCAGCAACUUGUGGGUUCCGGACAGCGACUGCCUUUGGACGUGUUUAGGACACGAUACAUUCGACCCAGACAAGUCCAAUACUUACUUACCCACGGACAAAAAAUUUGAAAUCAAAUACGGCUCAGGAUCCGUGAAAGGAGAACUGGCGAAUGAUAGUGUUUACAUCGGGCCGAUGCCCAUAACUAACUUCACUUUUGGCGUGGUUGAUGAUGCUCGCGGUAUGGGACUGAACUAUUAUGUAUCCCAAUUUGACGGCGUUUUCGGUCUCGGUUGGUCCAGUAUAUCAGUGGGUCACCUGGACGUCCCAAUCCCGGCGAUGAAGAAGCAAGGAUUGAUUAAGGACGCAGUAUUCGCUUUCCACUUGGGCACCAGAGACGGUGAGUCCGGAACACUGUCGAUAGGAGGAUACAAGGACAACGGUGCAAUCACGUGGAUACCGCUAGCAUCGAAGGACUACUGGACAAUAAGGCUAGAGCGGAUGCAAAUGGCUGUGAACAUCACGGAUACGGUUUCGGCAACCCAUGAUUCUUCAAGAUCCGAUUCAAGAUCCGAUUCAAGAUCGGACUCAUCGUCCGUGGCUGACUUGGAGGGUGGUCAUCAGGAGUUGAUACAGUUUGUCGAGAACUCUACAAGAGCGAUUGUGGACUCAGGUACAAGUUUGAUUGCUGCACCAAUAAGCGUCGUGGAGAAGAUAUCUCGCCUCAUUGGGGCCUAUAAAUUACCAUGGGUAUCCUCUAUCCGGUUCGUUUCAUGCGACAAAAAAGUCGAUCUUCCAAACUUGGACUUCAUCAUUAACAACACCAGCUUCAGCCUUACGCCAGAUGACUACCUCAUACAGACUUCUACGAAGUCAAGUGUACCAUGUGUACUUGGCAUAACCCCCUUUGACCUACCGAACUCGUCGGAACCGAUCAUCAUUCUCGGAGAUGUCUUUAUGCGUAGGUAUUACUCCAUCUUCGACUACGACAACUCGAGACUGGGCCUGGCGCCGUACGUUUAG